AUGCUAUCGUUGAGCGUUUGCCAGGCUGCUGCUAUUAUUAGCAUAGCGUCUGCUGAAAUUGUUUCUGUAACAUUUAAUACGCUUUACGACAAUCCUUCUCGUUCAUUGAGUGAAGUCGCUUGUUGGAGAAAGGGUGUCGGAUUCGAGCCUAAUUUGGAUUGGAAACUUCAAAAAGAUGCAGUGGAAUUUAUUGGAAUCGACGCGAUUCAUAGCUUCGGUCUUGCCCGAUGCUUUUCCUGCUGGAAACUCGAGUAUGGUGAAAAGCAUAAAUUCUUCUUUGCAAUUGACAGCACCGACUCGGGUUUUGUCCUCUCCCUGAACGCCAUGCAGUCUCUUACAGGAGGCCAGGCUAGGGAGCUUGUCCGAAUUGACGCAAAGGCAACUCAAGUUGACGUAUCAAACUGCGGGAUAUCUGAAGUUGAUCUACAUAGGUACGACUUUUAA